AUGAAGAUUCACAAGACGCAGCCAACUCUUUUUCACCCGCCAUCCACAGACCAACCUCCUAUCGACCUCUCCCCCGAAGCGAUUCGCGCGACCGUCAUCGCGGCCGCCGCGUCAUUUCCCGCAACAGCCUCUUCGCUCACCUCCGUAUCCGACUGUCCGAUUCCCGACCCAUCGCAAAGCGCAUCCCUCGCAGCUUUGAUCCCGCGAAUGCGCGGCAUCGAAGCAACACAGCUCGCACAAGAAGUCGAAAUGGCGGAGCUCCGAAUGCGGAGCGAAGCGGUCAUCAGUAGCUGGUACGAACACGGCGUCCUCUCUGCAUCUCGUUUUGUCGCGGACGUGGAGGGCCAGGUCGAGAAGGUCGAGAGGCAGAGCCCGCGGGACGGCAUCAAUAUCCUCAUGUUGAGCAGGACAUCCAUGGCCAUGUUCAUGCCGGAGGCGAUGUCCCCUGCCCCCACUAUCUGA